AUGGAGCCUCUUCUUGUGCUGUUUAAUGAGUCAAGUGAGGAACUAAACACACUAUAUCGGGCAGCACUACAGAAAGAUGAUGAUGGAAAUAACCGUGAAGCAAGAAUAGACGCUUUCCGUGUAUUGCAUGAUUGUUUCACCGCACACACAAACAGAAUGAAUAGUGAGAUGAGUGCCUGUAAGAGUGAUAUCGAACGGGAAGCGGAUGAUCUUGAAGAGGAAGUGGCCGAAUUAGAGGCAGAACUGCAAAUGCUACGCAAUACCACAGAAGGACGAGUCCAUGAAUUAAAUUAUAUAAUCGUACCACCAUUAGCACUAACGACAACAACAACAACAGACUCAACACUUCCAUUAUCAGCAGAGAGUGAAGGAGUGAUGGAGGCCUAUCAAACAUUUAUGACCCAUUUAGCAGAUUUUACAGCUCAAUUAUCGGUAAUGCGUGCGGCAUUGCAGGGAUUACUUUCACAAUCCGCACUUCAAGUCGUCUCUUCAACUUCUCUUACGGCCUGGUGUGGAGUUACCAACAGGGAAACAUGGACAACCCGAGAGAAACAAUUACAUGCUGCUUGGAAAACAGUAGUGGAAAAGGCAGGACCUGCAGGAAUAGUAACAGGAGAUGCUAUUCUUUCCACCGCACAAGAUUUAUUAACGUCAGUUAUACAAUUGGGAAAACGUGCAUUAAAUCGUGUUGCUUUUGGAAUAAAGGAACGUGAAGUACGAGAGAGAAAUUUAAAACAAUUUGAGACAAAUCAACAUCGUCUGGUAUUAUGGUGUCGUCAACAACAGGCAAAUCUUGCGGCAUUAAAUGAUCCAGAUCAUAUUCAAGAGUUCUGUGCAUUAUUGGUAGAAUACUUUAGGGACAUGACGGGUAACUAUAAAGCUUUACUAGAAACAGCGGAGUCCUUAUUGGAUAAUGCCACCGUACAAGAGAAAAUACUAGAAGUAAAUGAGACAUGGGUACACCUACAAGUAAAUACUUUAGAAAGAUUACAACAAACAUUAUAUGAGGUGAAUGAAAAAGCUGUUUUGGAAGAACAUGUAGAAGAGCAUACAAGUUUCUGUUUACAAUUGGGUUCUUUUAUAGAAGAAAUUUUAAAUUCUUUAACAGCUAUACGCGAUACAACCUCACCAUUACAUCAACGUUCUCUUGCUCUUGCACAUGAUUGUGAAGCUUUACGUGAACUUUUACCUGAACAUGAUGAUCUCUGUAAGCGUCUUCUUGAUUUUGCUGGACGCAUGCGAAUUCAACGAGAAGCUUACAAUUGUUAUCGAGCCGCAGCACUCUCUCGUGUAACUUAUUUAACAUCUUCUUCAGAUAUGGCUGCAGAAGCAGGACGUCGAAAGGAAGAAUUUGAAAGUUGUGUAGAGGAAUUACAAUUAUGGGCAGAUGAGAAAUCAAAAACAGACUCCUGGAGAGAUAUUCGUGAUCAAAUAGGAAAUAUCAAGACCUUAUUACAAGGAGAGCAAGAGUUUACUGAUUUGGUAAAUAAGAGAGAUGAACUUGAAAAAAGGAAUAGAGGAAAAAAGAGAUGA